GAACAGCGGACAGAGUUCUUGCGGGGAAGCAGUGUGUGUGGAGAUCCGGACGAGGACAGUCGAAGCGCGCCGGCUGCUGCUCCGUCGUGCGCCCUGGACACGAUUCUUGAACCGAGUCCUGCCCUUUGAAUACCUGCAGGGUGCUGGUGAGACCAGAGGGAGUCAUUCCCUACAGAGGGAACACUGAAGGUACACCAUGGCCUUAGCGGGAUGUCCUGACUACUUCUUACAUCACUCAAACUACCAGGAAAGCAUGGACCACACGUCCUCUCGCAGGCCCAAGGAGCUGAUCGUUCCAGGCUUUCAGUGCCCGGCCAAUCAAAAUUUGCCACAUCACCAUGAUGAUGACGUGGACCUGGAGCAGCUGGUGAAUGACAUGAACUCCUCGAUGGAGAGUGUGUACUCUACGCAGGCAGACACGGCGCUGCUCCUGAACAACGGCCACGCGCACGGUCCACACCACCACCACCACCACCACCACCACCACAUGCACCCUGCUUACCCAGGACAUGGCCAGGCCCACCGUCGUCACACCCCACCCCUGCCUGCUUCCUCCCCCUCCAGGGAGAGGCUGCAGCACUCUCAGCCCAUGCACAUUCAGGCCGUCAGGUGCCUGCAGGAAGCGCAUCAGCUGCGCCCGGCCUCCUUGCCGGCCAUCCCCAACCCUUUCCCUGAGCUCUGCAGCCCGGCGGGCUCCCCCGUUCUCAGCCCCAUACAGACCUCCGACAACCACAUAGUGAAGGUGUGGAGCGAGGAUGGGGCUGGUAAAGUGGUGGAGAUCCCAGCGGACAUGACGGCCAGAGAUGUCUGCCAGCUCCUGGUCUACAAGAGCCACUGCCUGGACGACAACGCCUGGACACUGGUGGAGCACCACCCCAUCCUUGGCCUUGAGAGAUGUCUGGAGGACCACGAGCUGGUGGUUCAGGUUCAAGCCUCCAUGAGCAGUGACAGUAAAUUCCUCUUCAGAAAGAACUAUGCCAAAUAUGAAUUCUUCAGGAACCCCCUGAACUUCUUUCCAGAGCAGAUGGUGGCUUGGUGUCAGGAGUCUGAUGGCUCGAUCCCUCAGUCACAGCUCUUACAGAACUUUCUGAACUCCAGCAGCUGUCCAGAGAUUCAGGGCUAUUUGUACUUGAAGGAGCCUGGACGCAAGUCCUGGAAGAAACUCUACAUGUUCCUGCGACGCUCCGGGCUCUACUACUCUACUAAAGGAACAUCCAAGGAGCCUCGACACCUGCAGCUGCUGUCAGAUCUGGAGGAUAGCAACAUCUUCACCAUCAUCACCGGCAGAAAGCUCCACAAUGCUCCCACAGACUACCAGUUCUGCAUCAAGCCCAGUAAAGUGAGGAGUGACUGCAAGGAGCUAAAGAUGCUGUGCGCUGAGGACGAGCAGAGCAGGACCUGCUGGAUGACGGCCUUCAGACUGCUCAAAUAUGGGAUAGUGCUGUACCAGAGCUACAACGUUCCCCAGCAGAGGAAGUCUAACCUUUCGCCUUUCUCGGCGCCUGUGCGGAGUGUAUCUGAGAAUUCCCUGGUCGCCAUGGACUUCUCUGGAAGGACCGGUCGCGUUAUCGACAACCCCGUCGAGGCCCAGAGCGCCGCCCUGGAGGAGGGACAGACCUGGAGGAAACGAAGCCAGCGUAUGAAUGUCCUGGGCAGUCCCAGCCCCCUGCACCCGUCCUCCCUGAGCACAGUGAUCCACAGGACACAGGUAUGGUUUCAUGGUCGCAUCAUGAGAGAGGAGGCCCACAAAAUGAUCAUACAGCAAGGCCAAGUGGACGGGUUAUUCCUGUUGCGGGACAGUCAGAGUAAUCCCAAGGCAUUCGUGCUCACCUUGUGCCACCACCAGAAGAUCAAGCACUUCCAGAUCCUUCCGUGUGAGGAGGACGGUCAGGUGUUCUUCAGCCUCGACGACGGCGCCACCAAGUUCACCGACCUGAUCCACCUGGUGGAGUUUUACCAGCUCAACAGAGGAGUGCUGCCCUGCAAGCUCAAACACCCCUGCACCGCCGUGGCCUUGUGACACUCCACACCCCCGACACCUCCAUCCUCUUUUUGCACACCUCUCACCCUGAGAUCCCAGCCCCCCUUCUGCCCCUCCCUCACCAGCGCAUUGAGGUUGAGCAGAUAGAGAAAAGUUAAGUCAAGUUUCGGGGAUGUGAGCAACUCGGCAGGAGCCAGCGUUGGAGCUUUGGUUUCUUUCUCCGCCCUGCUGCUGUCUGGAUGUUUGAAUGGCAGCCGUUCGGACGGUUGAAGCGCCGCAGAUCGCGCACCCGGGCGGCGCUGGGCUCCUGCGAUGUUGUCAGGGAGACUCGGUAUUUUUGUCAUUGCUGUUUUGACCCUGGAGAGAGACCAUGUAUUGUGAGAACAGCUUAGGAUCCCUUCCUCAGAGCCCCUCACCCUUCAGCCCCCAACCUCCCUCAUCCUCCAGGCCUGAUAAGCUGUGGCGCCCGCCCCACCCUCGCCCCUUCGCCGCCGAGGCGGGCGGGGAGCGCCACCCUCUGACUUCCUCAUCGAUCAUCAGGGAUGGACGGGAACCUCUCUGGGUCUCAUCAAACUCGAUCCAGGAGCUUUCUCAACCUGUGCAGUCCAGUCUGGAUAAGCUGACACCCUGCCCGCCCCACCACCACCACCACCACCACCACGAUCCCCCGGUGCAACCCCGACCCCACCUCUCCUCCUCCACAAAAGCUCAGAGAAAAGUUGAGAGAGAAAAGAGAAGUAGCUAAAGGCGAGAGAGGCAGAGCAGUGGCGAGGGCUGACAGGACGGAGGAAUGUUUAUCAGGAAGGCUGUAACAGGCCUCUCUUGUAGAGUUGAUUACUUGAUGUCAUUUUAAUGCUGUUUUAUUACUGUUGAUUCAAUGCAGAACUAGUUUUGCACUCCCGGGCGGACAGACGACAGCUGUUCUCUCUAGCUAAAUGAAGCUGCCUGCUCUCCGUUCGCCCCCCCCCCCCCUCUCUGAAAAGCAUGCAUGUGAAUUUCCACCAGUUCUGAUUGGAUUACAGUGGCAUGGGAGCAAAGAGAGUCACAGCUGAUUAUGCAGUGCCUUUCAGACGGGUUUGGGAACAUCUUGGACCUCUGCGUGGCUUGAACCAACAUGACCUCGCGUCGGUAAAAACGAAUGUGCUCUUGAAGCGCCCGCAGCCUCUCAAGAUCACGAGGAAGAGGAGGAAGACCGCUAGAUAGACAUCUUAAAAGUGUGUCCACCCCCAAGCUUCUACCAUUUCAGUCAUUUUUUUAAAAAAAUGGAAGCGGUCUAAUCUGUUGGUGAAUUGGUCUCUGAAUGUGAUUUUCUUUUCCCAAAUCUGCUCUGAGCUCACUGCUCGCACACCUUAACGAUCCUGAUUUGAUGUCGAAGGUUUGGAUUCUGACCACUGUUCCCUCACUCCAGAAAAGACAGAUCAACAGAAGCACUCCCACCGCGCCCUUUUCUCUUUGUCUUAAUGUGGAAUUGAACAAAGAACUUGAAAUGUGAAUUCAGUGACUGUGCGUCAAGAUUCACGAAUACGAUUCACUCGCCUUAAGUGAACAUUGUGAGCCUUGUGUAUGAAAUCAGACGUAUGUUGAAAUGCACAUUUCGGAUUUGAAGAGGAUGGAAAAACACCAAGAGUGUUACAAAGUGAUGUUAGUUUAGUGUUGAAUAGUUUAAAACUCUUUCUGACAAUGAGUUAAAUGGGGAGGUCGAUACCACUGUCAUGUCUGUGUGGCAAGAAGCUACAGCCAGUUAGCUUAGCUUAGCAUCCAGACUGGAAACGGGGAGAUAGCUGGCUUUGUCCAAAAGUGAGGUUAUGUAUAUUAACAGGGGCUUUGUGCAGGAAAGCUUCUUGGCCGUGUGCUAAGCUAAGCUAACCAGCUUCUGCACAGUACAUUGAUAUUCACAGUCCAGACCACAGUGGAAAUAAGUCACUAUUUUUUUAUGAUAUGGGUGAGCUCUUAAAUAAUAAACUAGAGACAUGACAGCAGUGUCGAUCUUCUCAUCUAUCUUUUGCCAAGAAAGCAAAUGAGUUUAUUUCCCAAAAUGUCAAACUGUUGCUUAAAAGUAAAAAUCCACUCGAGCACGCUUCAGAAAACGGACACUGGUGAUGCAAUCUGGCAUUUCUGGGCCUAUUUUCUCGUUGGGCGCUGUGCGUGUCUGAUUCCCGCAGGCUAAAAUGUAACAUCAUGUCCAGGUAUUUCCAGCAGAUCAACUGUACGGGAGUCUGCCGGCAUCAGUGGUGUCAGUCCCUCACAAUCAAAUCCGUCAGAACUUUUUCUAACAAUCAGACAAGGAGCGAUUUCAUGAUAAAUGAGGAAGAGGAAGCCACCAGGAGUAGCCAUGGUAGACCAGAAUGCCUUGCAGCCAUCAGGCGUGUGGUCAGUGCGGAGCUAUACCGGUGUCCAUGACAUCAUUUCAGAGCAGAAAAUUAAUUUGGAUAGUCAAUAAUCAUUUUUUUUAGGUAAGUGCGAUGGCUCCAGCUUCUCUAUAAUGAGCUUUCUUACAACCCAUGAUUCCAAAACAGUACGAACAUUUGACACCGACUAAAAACAGUACAGAGACAAUAUAUUUAAUGUUUGACCUCAUCAACUUCAUUGGUUUUUGUAAAGAUCUUCUUAUUCUGAAUUUGAUGCAGCAACACAUUUCAAACAAGUUGGGACAGGAGCAACAACAGACUGGGAAAGUUGUGGAACGCUCCAAAAACAGGUGAACAGGUUGAUUGGUAACAGGUGAUAGUGUCAUGAUUGGGUAAAAGCUUUGUCUGUAACACAGCAGGUGACACAGCGUCCCAACUUUUUUGGAACUGUGGUUGAACAUCAUCGUAAAAAUGAAUAUCUUGGGGUUUGGGACUGAAGAUGCAUUUUUAACAUGCCGCCUUGGUUUCCAGGCAAAUCGUGAUGCACAUUUUUCACAAUUUUCUGACAUUUUAUAGACCAAAUGAUUCAAGGAUUUAUCAAGAAAGCUAGCUCAGUUUCUGUGGCAACAGGCCAUCAUUUCAUUGAAAACAACAUGAGCAUGCCUAUUUCUGGGAGCAUUCUGGGAGUUGAGGUGAGCAGGAGACAAGGCAGGUAUACUCUGUCCACUAAAAACAAGCAGACUGUAACUUCAUCACCAAACAAAUCUAUCCUAUAGAUUAAUGCUGGAUUAUAGAAUAUCCAACUCUGGCACCCCCUAGUGGUGGCACUGAAAAGCACUUCAUAUGCUAUAACCACAUAAAAGUGCCAAGCAGAGUGGCACAGAUCAUCUGAGUGGACUUUUGCCACCAGAUUGGCCCCUGACUACCCUGUUGUCAUCCAGAAGAAAAGAGAGGACCAUGUCUGUAGGAACAUUCGGCAGGAAAAGAGGUCAGGGAAGACACGUUUGAAGUCCUUUUGUCUUUUACUGCCUCCUCCUGCUGUCGUGUGACCAGCCAGUGAAAAGCUUCGAGUGACAUAACAGCUUCUUAGCUUCGCCCUACACUCCUCCUGCCCUCACCUGCGCCCCCAGGUGCUAACCCUGUUCACAGUGACCAGGGUUACCACGAGGCCACCGGACUCCCUGCCGGGCUUACUAAACUCUCUCCAAGUACUGUCACUGACUCGCAAGCCACUGCCACCAUUCGGCCAAUCACGUGACUUGACUGACUCACCAGCUCUGCGCUCCACCAAUCAGGCCUUCCUAGUCAGCCAGGGCAGACUCUCUCCAGGGAUUGGAUAAUGCUUGAACCCCCCACCCCCCUUUCCCACCUGUGUCCAGCCUGUAAGCUAUGACCCUGUGGUGAAGAUGUGUGUGUGUGGAUGCGUGCGUGUGGAUGGCCAGACUGUUAUACUCACUAUUCAGGAUUGCAGAGUGUGCUGGUCAUCAUUACUUGCCUUUUAGAGACAGGUCAGAGGAAGGUUGCUUGUCGGUCGGGUAAAGCCAAGCGAAGCCGCGGAUUUGGAGGAGACAGGAGUUCGGCUGGAGGCAUCCCAGCAUUCCCAGUGCUCAGCUGAGGCUCUUUCCUGUCUGCUCAGAGAGGGACGCGAAGCCACACCGCUCGGGGUCAGCAGGGGACGAGCCACCGUCCUCUCCUCCUCCCUCCAUUUUUAAUCACUGUGCUACAAUGCAAUCCUAUACACAAGCCCAAGUAUAUGAAUAUACCAGUAUACAGUAUCAUUUGUUUUCUAAGUAUGUGAAGCUAUGGAGAAGACGUAGAUCUAACACUGUACCUAGGUCACAGAUCACUAUGUAUGGGGCGUUAUGCUUUUGCUCAUAACUCCGUGUAAAAUGAAGAAUGAUUUAUUUUGUCCUUUUUUUCCAUUAUUUGUGUGUGUAUAUUGACAUUAUUGUGUAUUUUCUUUGGUUUGCCACAAAAUGACCUUUUAUAUAUAUAUAUAUAAAUAUAUAUAUAAAAAAAAGAAUAUACCACAGUAUAUACAAUAUUAAAUUAAGCUGUUUUUCUUUUUUUUUUUUUUAAAGAGAUCAAACUGGAUUUUUGGCUUGUGUCAAAUUUCUGAACAUCAGUUGUGUGUAUAAGCUGACGUGCUGACAGAGGCUUCAUCUCUGCCAGCGUCCAAUCCUGGUGCCAUUCUGGUUUAAAGCCACGUCUUCUGAAUAUCCCCUCUCUGUCUGUCACAUCUGACUCCACUCAUUUACUUCAAGUUUUAGUUCAGUAAAUGUUUGAUUGUUAACCUGACACACACACACACACACACGCACACACACACACACACCAGUGGUUUUUCAUCAAGAGCACACACAUGCACCAACGCUUAACCCUUGGGGAUAUUCUCAGCAGCUUUUGUACGACUCUUCAUCGCAAGUAGUGCGUUUCAUUAUUCAUUUACUCUGAUUUUAAGGUGCGUAACACAGUUUUUGGAUUCCUUUUCUUAACUCAGCCUAUUCCUGCAGCAGGUGCUUCUCGUUCGUGAGCAGCAUCGAGUCCUCGGCUGCCAUCCGUCCACUCACUGCGAUCAUUUACAGUUAGCUGCGACUGUGAAACAUAAUCCUACUGGAACUAAAUCCUAAUAUCAGGUCAACAUCGCGUACAAGUCCCAUCGACAUUGGUGACUCACAGUGUAGGCGCGAGUGAAGCUGCCUCAGCGUCGGCCGCGUGUUAUUUUUGAGUCAUCGUAAGCUGAAGUCAAAUAAACAUUUCAGGGAAAGAAAGAAAAAAAAAAGAGCAAGUGAACCGUGAUCAUUAUUUUCAAAUAACCCCACUGUGCUUUGCUUCAUUCUCUCUGUACGGCUCCUGGGUCUACAUUGUAUCCUGUUCAGGUAUUUUUGUACAAAUAAGGGACUGAUAUAUUCUCUGUUUAUUGGAAAUUAGAAUAAAAGACAACAUUGCUAUAAA